GGGACAGUUGAGUUUGCUGACUGUAUUUGGCUGGAGUCAUGGUAGACGAAGCUUAUCUCUGCGAGCCUGGCAAUGGAAAAAUCAUCGGGCACCUGACGUGGCCUCUCCUGGCAGUCGCCAUCCUCACUUCCUUUGGUUCCUCCAUGGCCUAUGGCUAUAACCUAGCAGUGGUGAACUCACCGGCAGAGUAUAUUAAGGGUUUCUACAACUACACCAUCCUGGAACGAUUCAACCAGUCCUUAUCCGUCCCUGACUUGGUGCUGCUGUACUCAGCAACUGUGUCGGUGUUUGCAGUCGGUGGGAUGAUUGGUUCGCUGCUUGUCGGGCUUCUUGUGGCAAGGUUCGGUCAGAAGGGGACCCUUGUGUACAGUACACUCCUGAUGUUACUAGGUGGACUUCUGAUGGGAUUCAGCCGAGUGCUGCAUUCCCCAGAAAUGGUCAUCCUGGGACGUUUCAUGACUGGAAUCCACUCAGGUAUUUCACUCAGUGUGGUUCCGAUGUAUCUGGGUGAAAUUGCUCCUAAAAAUCUGCGAGGAUUUCUGGGUUUAAUUCCUACUAUCUUCAUCUGUCUGGGAGUGUUUGCAGCCCAGGUGCUGGGCCUGAGUGAGUUAUUGGGGAAGGAGAAGGACUGGCCUGUCUUGCUGUCUCUGGUCAUGGCUCCAGCCCUGGUUGAGCUGCUGUUCCUUCCUUGGUUCCCAGAAAGUCCUCGAUAUCUGCUGAUUCAGAAAGAGGACGUUGCAGCCACAGUGCGAGCACUGACGUGGUAUCGGAACAGGUACAGCACCAACAUACAGGCAGAGAUCGAGGAGAUGCAGGAAGAGCAGAGAUCAUUGACUUCCUUGGAGACCAUCUCAGUUUUCCAGCUAAUAGCCGAUUGCUCAGUCCGAUGGCAGCUCAUUUCAGUCAUUGUGAUCAACAUUGGGAUGCAGCUUUCAGGAAUAGAUGCGAUCUGGUUCUAUACGAACAGAAUAUUUGAAAAAUCUGGGAUCCCAAUGCAAUAUAUCCAGUACACUACUGUGGGGACUGGUGCAAUUGAAGUUGUUGCUGGACUGAUUGGGAGUUUAACCAUCGACAGGGUAGGGAGACGUCCAUUGCUGAUUGGUGGAUUCAGCUUUAUGGGAUUCUCCUGUGCUGGGAUCACAACGUCAUUACUCUUUGAGGCUCCAUGGAUGCACUAUGCCAGUGUGGCUUGUGUCGUUGGGAUUAUUGCUGGAUUCUGUGUUGGACCAGCGGGAGUCCCAUUUCUGAUGACUGCUGAGCUGUUUACCCAGUCACAUCGUCCAGCUGCUUACAUCAUUGGAGGGGCUCUCAACUGGCUAUCAAACUUCACUGUAGGCUUUGUCUUCCCAUUCCUUCAGAUGUCUGCCGGAGCUUACUGCUACCUAGUAUUUUGUGGGGUAUGUUGGAUUGUCGCUAUCUACGCUUAUAUUGUCAUCCCAGAGACCAGAAACAAAACCUUUAUGGAGAUCAAUCAGAUGUUUUUCUCUAAAAAUGCAACAAGAUAUCGUAUACUUCUGGAUGAGGUUCAGCUGAGGAAGUUUAAGGGAUAUGGGACUUUAGAAAACAGCUGUACAGAUUUUGAAACUUAUUUUAUGGAUGAAUAA